GGCGGCGAGAAGCGGCGGGCGGAGGUUUGGCUCGGGGUUUCGCUGCCCUUCUGCGGGUUCCACUCCAGCUGGCCGGGACUGGGCGCUGGGAGUCCGGGUGGCUGGGGCAGCGCGCAGCCUCACUCCCCACGGUGCUCCCGGCGCGGAGGCGGCGGCGGCCCAGGCAGACAAUGAACUUGGAGCGCGCCGAGCUCUGGCAGGUUUGGGCCCGCACCACUUGGUCGGGCCUCCUCGCUCCAGGGGCAGUCCCCAGCAGGAGGCGUCCCUUUCUCUAAGCGGUCCUGGCCGUGCUCUGGGUGCCCAGGGCGCUUGGGGACCCUGCGGGAACGACUGCGGGUGGCGGCGCCGGGGCUCACACGCCCCCUCCCUAGCCAGAGCGAAUGUGGCCCGAGCUCCGAGACAGAGAGGACCGGGUGGUGGCGUGGUGGCGCUGUGGACAGCUGGAGGCCGGCGGAGGACGCACGCCGCGGGGCACGCACCAGCUAGCUGUCCCGCAGAAACGCCCCAAGGAUUCAGAAUCCGCGCGACCCUGGGCCACUUAGCCCUGGAAGCUGAGGGCGGAGGACAGCUGGAUAUAGGACCAAUGGACAGACAGGUCGACGAUUUUCUGGAGCGAGCUCGCCGCGGGCAGACCUGGGGACCGGGGUUCUCCUAGCCGUGUUCAAUGCCCCUCCCCCGCACACUUUGGGGGAAGUUUCCAGGCGCAGCCUGGGGCAGGUCACCUGCCAUUCAUGAGAAUCUGCUCCCCAUGAAGAGAAAACAUUCUGCAGGAAUGCCAGUCUCCCCAUCAGUGAGGAUCCCAUGAUGUCUUCUAAUCUCCAGUGUGACUCCAUGCUCUCCGCUGACGCCACCCCGACUUUCUUUGGUGCCAUGGGAAAAACCUGAAGCAGGAGCAGACUUGCUUCCAAACCUGCGGCUCCUUCAGUGUUGCAUGGCUGGUGCAGAACAGACUAUUGGAAUUGGCUUUGUGUGUGUUAUCCUUCGUAUUUGAACCAAAGAACGUGCCUCACUCUCUAGCGCGUCGGUGUCUGCUCUCCUUUGCAUUUGUUUCUGUUGCUCGUGCCUUCUCACCAUCUUCUGUCAUCACAGGAUACCCUUAACGUUUCCCAGCAGACUCCCUGAGGGCUGGUCCAUGGCUCCCUAAGCCGGCUGUCCAAGGGCUCUACCAUGAGGCACUGCAUUAAUUGCUGCAUACAGUUGUUUCCUGAGGAUACACACAAACAGCAGACUGCCUGCCGGGGAGGCCCCCAUCCUAGUCACCAGGUGUGCCCCACUUGCAAAGGAGAGAACAAAAUUCUGUUCCGUGUGGACAGUAGGCAGAUGAACUUGCUCGCUGUUCUCGAAGUGAGGGCUGAAGGCAAUGAGAACUGGGGCGGUUUUUUGCGCUUCAAGAAGGGGAAGCGAUGCAGCCUGGUCUUUGGACUGAUAAUCAUGACCUUGGUGAUGGCUUCUUAUCUUCUUUCUGGGGCUCACCAGGAGCCUCUGAUUCCAUCUCCUUUUCAUUACGGGGGUUUCCCCAGCAACCCCAGCUUGGUGGACAGUGAUAACCCAGGUGACAUGAAAGAGCAUCACUACCAACCUUCUAUAAAUAACAUCUCCUACGUGAAGGACUAUCCAAGCAUUAAACUAAUUAUCGACAACAUCGCUGCCAGGAUCGAGUUUACGACCAGGCAGCUCCCGGACUUACAAGAGCUCAAGAGGCAAGAGCUGCACAUGUUUUCUGUAAUCCCCAAUAAGUUCCUUCCGAACAGCAAGAGUCCCUGUUGGUAUGAGGAAUUCUCUGGGAGGAACACCACUGACCCCUACCUGACCAACUCCUACGUGCUCUAUUCCAAGCGGUUCCGCUCCACCUUUGACGCCCUACGAAAAGUCUUCUGGGGCCACCUGUCACACGUGCAAGGCAAGCACUUCCGCUUGCGUUGCCUGCCACACUUCUAUAUCAUUGGGCAACCCAAGUGUGGAACUACUGACCUUUAUGACCGCCUUCGGCUGCAUCCAGAAGUGAAAUUCUCGGCCAUCAAGGAGCCCCACUGGUGGACCCGGAAGCGCUUUGGAAUUGUCCGCCUGAGGGACGGACUACGAGACCGCUACCCUGUGGAAGAUUACCUGGACCUCUUUGACUUGGCUGCACACCAGAUCCAUCAAGGACUGCAGGCUGCCUCUGCGGAGCAGCAGAGCAAAAUGAACAGAAUCAUUAUUGGAGAGGCCAGUGCCUCUACAAUGUGGGAUAACAAUGCCUGGACCUUCUUCUACGACAACAGCACAGACGGAGAGCCACCGUUCCUGACCCAAGACUUCAUUCAUGCCUUUCAGCCCGAAGCCAAGCUCAUCGUCAUGCUCAGGGACCCUGUGGAGAGGUUGUACUCAGACUAUCUCUACUUUGCAAGUUCAAAUAAAUCUGCAGAUGACUUUCACGAGAAGGUGACGGAGGCUCUGCAGCUGUUUGAAAAUUGCAUGCUGGAUUAUUCACUGCGCGCCUGUGUCUACAACAACACCCUGAACAACGCCAUGCCCGUGAGGCUCCAGGUUGGGCUGUAUGCUGUGUACCUUCUGGAUUGGCUCACUGUCUUUAAUAAGGAACAGUUCCUCAUUCUGCGUCUGGAAGACCACGCAUCCAACGUCAAGUACACCAUGCACAGGGUCUUCGAGUUUCUAAACCUGGGGCCUCUAAGUGAGAAGCAAGAAGCUUUGAUGACUAAGAACCCUGCAUCCAACACGCGGCGUCCUGAGGAUCGGAGCCUAGGGCCCAUGUGGCCAAUCACUCAGAAGAUUCUUCAGGACUUCUAUGGGCCUUUCAACACUAGGCUGGCACAGGUCCUUGAGGAUGAAGCGUUUGCCUGGAAGACACCGUGAGAGCUGAGUGCCUUCUGCAGGAGCUGGGCCUACUGACUCUAUCAUUGCCAUGACCUCAAAAGUCUCCUGGUGGAGAACUGUCACCCACAGAGUGGAAAAAACCACUGGCGCUCCAUCUUCUCCUCCCAAGGCAACAGUUAAUUGGAACUAUUUUGACACUUUUUUCUUGCCAUGUUCAGUAGCUCUGCUCUUGGUCACUGGGCUCUUCUACCUGAAGCCUUGGAAAGUACACGAGGGCUAGGUUUCUGUUUGUUCCCAGAGUGCCUUGGAGCUUAGGAGGGCAGGCUGGCACCCAGUGGGUAGGAAGAGGAGGCUUUGCGAGGCCACAGACCAGCCCUGACCUCCCUACCUCCAGAAGAGUUUGUCUGGGUGUCGGGUUGGACAGCUCUGGGAUCCGAUUAAGCCCAGGCUCACUGGAGGCCGUGCUUUGGGGCUCACCGGAACCACCCUUCAUGUGUCAUUUCCCAGCCCACCUUGCAUAAAUGGCUGAUCCCAUCCAGCAGAGAACGGAGCUGCUUGGAGAAUGGAGGCUCUUUUCAUUUUUGUUCAUAUUCCCACGCCAGCCCUUCCGCGACAUCAGAAAUGAGCCCUCUUCCCUUUGCUACGCCCAAAAGAAAACAAAAUGUCGGCAGCGCGCUCAUCUCUCUGACCUCCUGUUCUGCCCCUGCAGACUUUAUUUAUGCCCAGCAUAGAGAAGGAGCACUCUUGAACAAACUGCGUCUUGAGUUUGACUGGCCCUGCCUCUCUUUUGUGCUCCUUUGGAUGUUUUCUCAAGGAAUUCAGUUUAUAUUUGGAAAGGGAAGUCUUGCUGUUAAUGCCAGAUUAGAGCAACCUCAAGGCAUCGAGCAGUUGGCGGGAAAGGAAGUGAAGACCUCGCCUUGUGUGGAGGGGUCACCAGAGAGCACAUGACGCUUCAGAUUUUGGUUCUGGCUGCCUACAGGCUCCCUCCCUCCAUCUUCCUGUUGGAAGAAUCUUUUAUCCACGUUCUCUGUCAUCUUGGCCGCAGUUCCAUACUCACUAAGGAUCUCAAGACAUGCAUGUCCUCGGAAACACAUCUCACAGACUAAACUUGGGCUAUAUGUGCUGUGUGGUGACUAGGAGAUAGCUUUGCUCCUUCCGGACCUUUCCAGGCCUUUUAGGAACUUGGUUUGCAAUGAAUAAGCUGAAGGUCUUGUCAUCCAGGGAAUACCAGAGAGAACAGCUUAAGCCCAUUUGGCCCGCGGGGCCAGGUGGGAGUGUCACAAAGCUUCUCCCUGGAGCAUUGCCAAGGGGUGCUUCCUGUGAAGCUGUGUCCUCAGGUCAGGAUCCCGUCCACCAGCGUCGCAAAGUGUACACACUACAUACCCGACUGUGACUUGAAUGUGUGAGAAAAGCUGGGCGUUGGCAGCAGAGAAUGUGCAGUUGCUCAGCUACGUGAGUUCUGCUGUCCGCCCUUGUUGGAGAUAGGAUUCUCAGCCCAUUGGAAGGUUCAGAGAGCUCUGGGCAGCAGCAUGGACUGGGUCAGUUCUGCUACUGAAGGGGCUGUGUGUCUUGAAGUCUGCCUUCCAGGACAAUUCCCCCUUUACUCCCAGCCAGCCCUUGGCUCAGCAGCCAGUGGGGAAAUCUGGCUUGAGUACAAGGAUGCUUUGGGACGAAAUGACGAGAGAGAGAGAGAGAGAGAGAGAGAGAGAGAGAGAGAGAGAGAGAGAGAGAGAGAGAAUAUUUAUUUGGAAUACAGAGUGCGUGCGUGUGUGUGUGUGUGUGUGUGUGUGUGUGUGUGUGCGUGUGCAGGUGCACACGCGCGUGUGUGGGUGCUUACACUGAGUGGGUUCCCCUCAGCUAUCUUGCUGAUGAGGCUUCUCCCUCCAUUAGAGACACGAUGCCUUUAUGGAUUAAUUUCUCCACCAGUCAGCCUGUCAUUUCCGGGACAUAUCUUACCGCCCCACACCAACCACGAUUAUAAGAGAUUUUUCUUGCGCGCUCCUAUGCAUGUGAAUAACAUGUAGCGUAAUUCUGCUUCUUACAGAAGUAUUGCCAAAGGUAUUAUUUCCAAUAUUAUUUGGUUCAUCGCUGAUCUUUUUAAAUAUGCAGCCCCUCCCUUUCUUCCAUCUGGGGCUACCCAGACCCGGUUUUCUCUCUAGUGGUCUCUCCCCAGGGCUCACCAGCAUUGCCUUUGCUUAUGCUCGGUUGAGGCCUCCUCUUGUUGAGAGCACAGGUAGUGUUUUGGGUGGUGGCUCUCUAGCCUCUCGCCCCAAACCAAAGCAAAACCCAGACCUGGUACCGAAGACACUUCGUAUUCCCAAAGCGGUGUGCCAGGUUGUAUGAAACCUUCCCUCCCUUUGCCAUGUAAGGUAUGAUAUGCGAGUCACAUUUAUUCUGUACUUUUAUUCAUAUUUAACAUAAUUAAAGAUGGACCCACACACCUGGUGCCUGCGGAGAGUGGGCCCUCCAUCACAA